AUGGACGACAAGAUUGACAAGGCGGAGGUCGCCAGAGGCGUUCACGCCGACAACCUCGAGGACCAGAUGACUCACGACCCCAAUGCACCUCGUGUCAUGGAUCCGGCUCGCCGUGCUGCCGUUGAGAAGAGCAUGAAGCGCAAGCUUGAUCUCCGAUGCUCUCUGUUCGUGCUGAUUUACAUCAUGAACUACCUCGACAGAAACAACAUCGCUGCUGCCCGUCUUCGUGGUCUGCAAGAUGACCUGAAGCUCAACAACACCGAAUACGCUACCUGCUUGAGUAUUCUCUACGUCGGCUACAUUCUCAUGCAGGUCCCCUCCAACAUGAUCAUCAACAAGAUCUCGCGCCCAUCCUGGUACAUCGCUGCCGCUAUGCUCGUCUGGGGUCUUAUCUCGACUCUUUCUGGCGUUGUGCACAACUUCGGCGGCAUGGUCGCCACCCGUUUCUUCCUGGGUUUCAUCGAGGCUGCUUUCCUCCCCGGAGCCCUGCUUAUCUUGUCCAAGUGGUACACCCGCCGCGAGCUGACUACCCGCAACGCCAUCCUGUUUUGCGGUAACCUCAUCUCCAACGCCUUCUCGGCUCUCAUCGGCGCCGGUGUCCUUUCCAACAUGCAAGGCGUCCUCGGUCACGCUGCCUGGCGCUGGCUCUUCUGGAUUGAAGGCGCCAUCACCAUGGGUGUUGCCAUUUCUGCUGCCUUCAUCCUCCCUGAUCUUCCCACCAACUCGAGGGGUUUCACUGAGGAGGAGCUGUACGUUGCUCAGCUGCGCAUGACUGAGGAUGUCGGUGAGGCCGACGCAGACACUGACGACAUGGGACCCAUGGACGGUUUGAUCAUGGCUGUCAAGGACGUCAAGAUUUACAUCAUGAUGUUGACCUUCACCGCUUACGUCGUUGGCCUUUCCUUCAACGCCUUCUUCCCCACCCUCACCGGCACUCUCGGCUUUGAAUACGUCCCUACUCUGCUGAUGAGCUCCCCUCCUUGGGCUUUCUCCUGCAUUGUUUCCCUCAUCAACGCUUGGCACGCCGAUCGUACCCAGGAGAGAUUCUGGCACAUUGUCGGACCCAUUUGCGUCGGUCUCGUUGGUUUCGUCAUCUCCAUGUCGACCCUGAACGUUGCUGCUCGCUACGUCGCCCUCUUCCUCCAGGCUAGCUCCUAUGCUGGAUUCAUCGUCUUCUACUCUUGGAUUUCUUCCUCCUUCCCCCGUCCUCCCGCGAAGCGUGCUGUCGCCAUCGCCAUGAUCAACGCCUUCUCUCAGCUCGGUAACGUUGCCGGCUCCUACGUUUGGAACUUGAAGGAGAACGGUUUCCGCAAGAGUUACGGUAUCGUUACUGCCAUGUUCGGUAUCACCAUUGUUGGUUGCUACAUCUUCAAGGUUGUCCUUGACAGACUCAACAAGCAGCUUGAGGAGGGCGAGCGUGCCUGGGAGGCUCAGGGUGAUGGGCCCGACGCCGUCCAGUCUGAAGAAAUCGAGGCGUCGCGCAAGUUGGGCAAGGGCUUCAGAUACCUUGUCUAA